AUGAGCUCCGCAUCACUGCUGGCCCUGCUGGGGGUCACCUUCUUGCUGCCCUAUGGAUUUGCUCCCCCUCUCCCAGGUGUGCACGCUUUGGACUGCCAGUGGGCGGCCAUAGAGACUGUGUUGAACACAACACAGAUGCCCGUGGAGUGGACAAAUGGCAAGACAACCUGUGACUUUGGCGAUGGUUGCCAAGACACGUUAAUGCUCAUAGAGAACGGACCCCAAGUGAACUUGGUGCUCACAAAGGGCUGCACUUCAGAAGAGGAUCACGAGGUCCAAGUCACUGAGCACAGGACAGGCCCUGGGCUCUCUGUCAACUCCUACACUCACGUGUGCCGUCACAGAGACCUCUGCAAUGACCUGUCCUCCUCCGUCCCUCUCUGGUCCCUGCAUACUGAAAAAGAUACUCUGACCUGUAACCGGGGGGUCAUGCUGCAGAUGGGGAGAAAGUUGGCUCAAGACCCUGUUGAAUGGACCUCAUCCAGGAACCAGAUGUGUGAUCCUGAGGAGGUGUGUCAGGAGACACUGAUGCUCAUAGACGUAGGACACAGAUCUCUCCUAAUGGGGAGCAAAGGCUGCAGCAAGGCUGGGGCACAGAACGCUCAGGCUGUCUCCUUACACUCCCGGCCGCCUGGAGUGCUGGUUGCCUCCUAUGUCCGGGUCUGCUCCUCUGACCUGUGCAACAAUGCCGGCAGCAGCAGUGUCCUGCUGACCUCCCUUCCUAAGCCAGCUGCUCCUGCCCCAGGAGGCCUGCAGUGUCCUGCCUGUGUCCAGUUUCUUGGAUCCUGCUCACAAAGCUCCGACUUAGUUACCUGCCCUAGUGGUGUCACUCAUUGUUAUGAUGGUAACAUUGCUGUCAACGGAGGUGGGUUGACCGCCACACUGAGCAUUCAAGGUUGCAUGGCCCCAGCUUCCAAAUACUUGCUGAACCACACACAGAAUGUUGGGAUCUUCUCUGUACGUGAGAACUUUGAAGAUGAUAACAAGGAGCAAACCCGUAUAUCCCCAAGUGGAGUAGCCCGGGCCACAUACCUGCUCUGGGUGAUGGGGAUGGGGCUAUUCCUAGCCCUUUGGAAUGGGGGACUUUACCCUCUCUGCUAAAUCCAUCUCCCCAUGAUUCUUAACCUUUCCUGUCACCUAAACCCAACAAUUGACCUCACAAUCUAAUGGCCUUGGUCACUGAAUUAUUUUCCCAUCCUCACUCUGUCACUCGGUAAUAUCAUGGUGGGUGGGGCAGGGAGCAGCUGA